CCACGCUUUGGACGCUACUGAGUGCGCCAAACUACUCGUGUCGUGUACCCUCCUCCAUCUUCUUCCCCUUGCUCUACGGCACUUGCACACGAGUGAGUCCAGGCCUCCAGGGGCCAUGGCGGCGUCGGGGCUCAAGGUCCCCGAGAUGGCGCUGAGGGUCUGCGUCGUGCCGCUCGCGUUGGCCUCCCUCUGGGAGAUGGCCACCAACGCGCAGGCCGACGACACCUACGGGGAGGUCAAGUUCUCCGACCUCUCCGGAUUCAGCUAUUUGGUGGGCGUCAACGCCGUCACCGCUGCGUACGCGCUAGUCUCCAUCUUGCUGUCGUCCUUGAAGCCCCUCGCGCGCUACGACUGGGUGAUUCUCGUCAUGGAUCAGGCGUCGGCGUACCUGCUGGUGACGUCGGCGUCGGCGGCGGCGGAGCUGCUGCAGCUGGCGCGGCGCGGCGACCGGGAGGUGUCGUGGGGCGAGGUGUGCUCCUACUUCGGCCGCUUCUGCGGCAAGGCCACGGUGUCGCUGGCGCUGCACGCCGCCGCGCUCGCCUGCUUCGUCGCGCUCGCCCUCGUCUCCGCCUUCAGGGUCUUGAGCACCACAGGCAGCAGCUGCCAUCCCCCCAAGCACGCACAGGCACAGGAACAUGAGCAAGGGAGGUACAACUGAAUGCAGCAGCAGUGACAGUGUCAGUGAGCGGGCGUUUGCUCGUGCACAGUGUUUGUGUUCUUACCACUACUACUACUACUACCAAGGGCAUCGCAUCGCAUCGAGCGAUCUUUGCACAGGCCAAUAAGCUAGCAAUGCAUUGUGCCAUGUCAUUUGUGUGUGUGUAUACAGGUUUCUCCGCGAACGUUUCUUUGUUGCAAAAUCGUUACCGGCUCUGUCAGUGA